GUCGACUUUCCUGUUUCUUGGAAAGGUUCAGCUAGCUAGCUGUGUAUUGUUAUUUUGCGUGUCAUCGUUCUCCGGCUCGCCAUUCGAUGGUGAAUAUUGGGAGAAAACCCAACAGAUAUGUCUCGUAUGCACGAAGAGGUGAUCCAGAAAGUGCUACACGCCGCUCAAACUGGUGACUUGGGUGUUGUUCAGGUCGCAAUUCGUGACCAUGACUCGCCAGAUCAUGAGAUAUCAACAUGCAGGAACAAGCUGGGCGAUACCCCUCUCUUGAUAGCUGCUAGACAUGGUAACCUAGCGGUGCUGAAGUAUCUGCGUGAGGAAGUGGCACUGUCUCUAGAGCAAGCGAACCUGGACGGCAAAAGGGCACUGCAUGAAUCUGCUCAGUCUAGCCACAUAGAGUGUGUGAAGUAUCUGCUGGCAUGUGGCGCUCAGAUUGAUUCUCUCAAACGAGCUGACUGGACACCUCUGAUGCUUGCUUGCACUAAGAGCAGUUUGGAAGUGGUCAGUGAGUUGGUACUGGCAGGUGCUAACUAUUCGCUGGUGAAUAAGGAUGGCUGGACCCCAUUUCACAUCGCCUGCAGGGAAGACAACAUGCACAUUGUAGAGUUCUUUCUCAGCCAAUAUCCCGAUGCCUGGAAUGUACGGAGUAAGAAUGGCAGAACUCCUUUGCACACAGCUGCAUUGCACUCUCGGGUUGACGUUGUCGAGCUUUUGCUGGAGAAAUGUGGAUAUGGCAGUGACGAUGUGGAUAGUGUUGGUGUAACACCGCUGAUGGAUGCUGCCAGGUCAUGCUUGACUGGACACCAAUUGAAAAUUGUUGACAUGCUUAUCAACAGACACCAUGCGUCCGUGAGUGCGGCCGACUCGCUCGGUCGUGUAGCUAUCCAUCAUGCCGCGCAGACUGGCAACACGACAGGAGUAACUCGCCUCGUCAAGUCUUAUGGGGCUGAUCCAUCGUCUAUCUCGUCUGUGCAUGCCAUGACCCCACUACACUAUGCAGCUAAGGAGGGUCACUUGGGAACAGUCCAAUACCUGAUGCAGUUGGGAGUUGAUGUGCAUUCUCGGGACUUCAAGCAAAGAACAGCUCUGCAUAUGGCUGCCAUUGGGCACCACGCAGAUGUUGUUCGCUACUUGAGAGUGGACUGCCAUGCAGAGGAUCAACCGGAUUCCAGUGGUCAGAUGCCAUCUUCUUUCCUGGGCCGGUACCCAUCAUUGCUCGCGUUGUUUGCCCCGUCAUGAGAGCUAGUCUACUCCGUUUAACUUAGUGCUGGGUCUGAUCCUAUUAGACUAUGCUGCUAGAAUGCUACAUCAUUCUGUCAGGCAAGACAAUCUUGGAAUAGCCAGCCAAUUUAAGGAACAUCACAGCAGGUUUGGAGCGUGCAGCAAAGAUUACCUGCACUGCUAGCUGGAACCCUUUGGGGCCCACCAUGUCCCUUCUGUUACCUGGGCCAAGAAAAGAAUGGCUGCACGAAAGGAGACAUACAAGAUUCUGCCUGGUAACGUAAGGAUGCAAUGCAGGGGUGUUUCUUGUUGAGAACUUCCUGAUGACUUACCCAGCCCGGGGCAAACUGAACUAACGGACUCAGCAAACUUAUGCUGUUGGGCGACUGUCUAGUUCCGUGGACCUGUAUUUUCAGACCAGCCAGGCAGUCAGUCAGUGUAUCAGAGAUAGAAGCUGAUCUUGACGUGGAGCGUAACGAAUUGUAGACGGCAUGCAGGUCUCAGUUCACCUGGCUGGAGCCUCCACAGUGACAGCUCGCCGACCAAUACAGCGCAUUGCAUUGCUAUUU